UAGUAGAAAUGGAUCGAGGGGACGGAGGAGCAGAGCGAUGGGGCUCGGGCUGAAUUAGAGUAGUAAAGGUGGUGAUUUAAGGUCCGGUGCUAGAGGAAAGAGUGACCAUGAGAAGGCAGGGCUAGAAUAUCAGUGAGCUGAAAGGGCGGGGCUAGAGGAUUGAAAGGAAAAGAAGAUGGAGCCGAGAAUUCUGACGCUAAGAACCAGAGUCCAAGUUGCAAGAAAACUUGGCGCCAAAUGUUCAGGCAUUUGGCAUUGGCACCUCUGGGAAGAGUCGGUCCUUCGCUAGGGGUCCUCAGCCGGCGCCAAAAUUCAAAAGAAACGGAAAAGUGCAGCUCUUGGGGCUGGCGGGAACCCGAGCGUUUGGUCGCCCUUUUUGGGCGUUCUUGGUUCUCCUGAAUCAGACCGUUUAUCCCGGGGCCGGUUCUCUCCUUCCAGCCCUGCCCCGCGCACGCCUCCAGAAGUUCUGCUGCCUUCCUUCAAGAUAGUGGUGAAAAUGCACAUCAAGUCCAUUAUUCUUGAAGGAUUUAAAUCCUAUGCCCAAAGGACAGAAGUCAAUGGCUUUGAUCCCUUAUUUAAUGCCAUCACAGGCUUAAAUGGUAGUGGUAAAUCUAACAUACUGGAUUCCAUCUGCUUCUUGCUGGGUAUCUCCAACUUAUCUCAGGUUCGAGCCUCUAAUUUGCAAGAUUUAGUAUAUAAAAAUGGGCAGGCUGGGAUUACCAAAGCUACAGUGUCAAUCACCUUUGAUAAUUCUGACAAAAAACAGAGCCCUUUGGGAUUUGAGGCCCAUGAUGAAAUUACAGUUACAAGACAGGUGGUUAUUGGUGGCCGAAAUAGAUACUUAAUCAAUGGUGUAAAUGCAAAUAACACCAGAGUUCAAGAUCUCUUCUGUUCUGUUGGACUCAAUGUUAACAACCCUCACUUUCUCAUUAUGCAGGGUCGAAUCACUAAAGUAUUGAAUAUGAAGCCUCCAGAGAUUUUAUCCAUGAUUGAAGAAGCAGCUGGAACCAGGAUGUACGAAUGCAAAAAAAUUGCUGCCCAGAAAACUAUAGAGAAAAAAGAGGCUAAGCUGAAAGAAAUUCAAACGAUACUAACAGAAGAGAUUACUCCAACACUUCACAAAUUGAAAGAGGAAAGAUCUUCCUAUUUGGAAUACCAAAAAGUAAUGCGAGAAAUAGAACAUUUGAGUCGUUUGUACAUUGCUUAUCAGUUUAUGCUAGCUGAAGAUACCAAAGUACGUUCAGCUGAUGAGUUAAAAGAAAUGCAAGCCCUGACUAUCAAACUUCAGGAAGAAGUAGCUGAGAAUGAUAAACAUAUUAAAGAACUUAGCCGUGAAAUAGAAGAGUUGGAAAAAAGAAAAGAAAAGGAAAUGGGUAAUGUCCUUCAGUCUUUGGAAGAUGUACUUGCAGAGGCUCAGAGGGUGAGUAUGAAGUCUCAAAGUGCUCUUGAUCUUAAGAAGAAAAAUAUGGAAGGUGAAGAAAAAAAACGCAAAGAACUAGAAAAAAGUAUGGCAGAGGAUUCUAAAACUUUGGCAGCAAAGGAAAAAGAAGUAAAAAAGAUAACAGAUGGAUUGACUUCUCUUCAAGAAGCAAGUACCAAGGAUGCAGAUGCCCUGGCAGCUGCACAGCAGCAUUUCAAUGCUGUGUCUGCAGGCCUAUCCAGUAAUGAGGAUGGGGAAGAAGCAACUCUUGCUGGACAAAUGAUGAACUGUAAAAAUGACAUAAGCAAAGCUCAGACCGAAGCCAAGCAGGCCCAGAUGAAGUUGAAACAUGCCCAGCAAGAACUAAAGACCAAACAAGCUGAAGUUAAAAAGAUGGACAGUGGUUACAAGAAAGACCAAGAGGCUUUUGAAGCUGUGAAGAAACUUAAAGAGAAACUGGAAACAGAAAUGAAAAUGCUAAACUAUCAAGAAAACAAGGAGGAAUUUCUGUUGGAAAAUCGUCGGCUGCUGUCACAAGAUGUCAUCAGGCUGAAAAAAACAUGUGAAAACACAUUUGCCAAGUUUCCCAGUCUUCGAUUUGAAUACAAGGAUCCGGAGAAAAAUUGGAAUAGAAAUCAUGUGAAAGGCCUUGUGGCUUCCCUGUUUAAUGUAAAAGAUGUUUCUACUACAAAAGCUCUAGAAAUCGUAGCUGGUGGAAGACUCUACAGUGUUGUGGUAGACACAGAGAUUACAGGUAAAAAAAUACUAGAAAAAGGUGAACUAAAGCGUCGGCACACUAUAAUUCCACUCAACAAAAUUUCAUCCAGGUGUAUUGGAAAGGAAACUCUGAAUAUAGCUAAAAAUCUAGUUGGUGCUGAUAAUGUGCAUUUGGCCCUUUCACUUAUUGAGUAUGAACCUGAGCUUCAGAAAGCAAUGGAAUUUGUCUUUGGAACAACUUUGGUCUGUGAUAAUCUAGACAAUGCUAAGAAAGUUGCCUUUGAUAAAAGGAUAAUGACUAAAACAGUCACUUUGGAUGGUGAUGUGUUUGAUCCCAGUGGAACACUGAGUGGCGGUGCACGGCCCCAGACUGCAUCUGUUUUGACACAAGCUCAAGAACUCAAAAAUAUCCAAGAGGAGCUAAAAGUAAAGGAGAAUGAACUCCAGGCUGUAGAAAAGGAAUUAGCAGGUCUAGAAAACACUGCUGAAAAGUAUCGUCAAUUAAAACAGCAAUGGGAAAUCAAGUCUGAGGAGACAGAAUUAUUACAAACUAAGCUUCAGCACAGUGCAUACCACAAACAGCAGGAAGAACUGGAUGCCCUCAGGAAAACGAUUGAGGAAAGUGAGGAAACCCUAAAAAAUACAAAGGAUACCCAAAAAAAGGCAGAAGAAAAAUAUGCAGUGUUGGAGAACAAAAUGAAAAAUGCAGAAGCUGAAAGGGAGAAAGAACUGAAAGAUGCCCAGAAGCAACUUGAUUGUGCUAAAAAAAAGGCCGAUGCCUCUAGCAAGAAGAUGAAAGACAAGCAGCAGGAAGUUGAAGCUAUCAGUUUGGAGCUAGAAGAACUCAAGAGAGAGCAGGGUACCUACAAACAACAAUUUGAGGCUGUAAAUGAAGCCAUCAAGUCCUAUGAAGAACAAAUUGGUGUCAUGGAAUCUGAGGUGGCUAAGAAUAAGGAAUCAGUGAAGAAAGCCCAAGAAGAACUGACCAAGCAAAAAGAAGUGAUUGCAACUCAAGAUAAUAUAAUUAAAGAUAAAUGUACAGAAGUGGCAAAACACAAGGAGCAAAAUAAUAAUUCCCAGCUUAAGAUGAAAGAGCUAGAUCACAACAUCAACAAACAUAAGCAGGAGGCUGAAGAUGCUGCUUCAAAGGUAUUGAAAAUGAUGAAAAGUUAUGAAUGGAUAAAAUCAGAGAAACACCUCUUUGGUCAGUCUGAUACUGCUUAUGAUUUUAAUACUAAUAAUCCAAAGGAAGCAGGUCAGAGGCUACAAAAAUUAGAAGACAAGAAGGAGAAACUGGGAAGGAAUGUCAAUAUGAGAGCUAUGAACAUGCUGACAGAGGCUGAAGAGCGGUAUAAUGACUUGAUGAAGAAGAAAAGAAUUGUAGAAAAUGACAAAUCCAAAAUUCUUGCAACCAUUGAAGACCUUGACCAGAAGAAAAACCAGGCCCUAAAAAUUGCUUGGGAAAAGGUGAAUAAGGAUUUUGGUUCAAUUUUCUCCACUCUUCUGCCGGGUGCCAAUGCAAUGCUUGCACCACCAGAGGGACAGACUGUUUUGGAUGGUCUGGAGUUUAAAGUUGCCUUGGGAAAUACCUGGAAAGAAAAUCUAACUGAACUCAGUGGAGGUCAGAGGUCUUUAGUUGCUUUAUCUUUAAUAUUAUCCAUGCUUCUCUUCAAACCGGCUCCAAUUUAUAUCCUGGAUGAGGUCGAUGCGGCCCUUGACCUUUCUCACACCCAGAACAUUGGACAAAUGCUUCGCACUCAUUUCACACAUUCCCAGUUUAUUGUUGUGUCCUUGAAGGAUGGGAUGUUCAACAAUGCAAAUGUUCUGUUCAAGACCAAAUUCGUGGAUGGGGUUUCCACAGUGGCCAGAUUUACUCAGUGUCAAAAUGGAAAGAACAUAUCUUCACAGCAGAGAGGGGACAAGAUAAAAUCCAAGAGCAGGGUGCCUAAGUGA